GAUUUUAAAUGCAAUUAAGAAGGGUAUGAUAUAUCACUAGGAGAGUUCUCAGCAGUGAACAUCAGAGAAAAAUGCUUACACUAGUUGGCCACCCUCUUCCCACUGUUCAUAGCUUGGGUAACAUGCUGGAACUUGAUGGCUUGGGCUGGGUCUUGGCUAGGUACCAAGUGGCUAUUGCUUUCAUGUGUUGAAAGAGACUAUACUGCUGAUAAAUUCACAAUUUCCUUUGUCCUUGACAUGAUUUGCUUAGGUGAUCAACAAAAAAAAAGUAUGGGAAAGUUGAAAGAUUAGAAAGUAUGUUAAUAUUUAAGGAUAUCUGGCAACUGUGCUCAUGGAAAAGGGCAGGAGUGCAGGGUGGGAUGUGGGAAGUGCCUUAUUUUUCAUACCAUUGGAUAAGAAGGAUGUCCUCAGGCAUCAUCAAGAAUCCCAGAAUGGUUACUGGAAUGCAAAUACUGCAGGAUCUGACAGCUUCACUUGAGGUCCGUCUACAGAAUGCUCUCAGUGAGCCUCAGCUACACAUUAGAUGUGAAGAAGUGGGAAGAAUUCUGAAUGAAUCAACCAGUAAAGAUGCCAGCUUUGUUUUACGCACAGUAGUGGAGAGUGUGUUUGGAGUCAAUGGGCAGAUGGGAUGGGGACUGAGGACAAUAACCCAUUCAGCCAUGAGCCGGGAGUUUGACCAGUUAAGACUAUUCUUAGGUCCUUCAGGGCCCCUGCUGUCACUCACAUACCGUCUAGCCAACGAUCCCUUUCUCAUGUUCGAGUUCCCAGUGAUUUGGCUACCAGUCAAGUCAAGAGCAGAUAUUGAGGAAGGUACUCCAGGAAUGUUCUAUGUCAACAAGGUGCAGAAUCCUGGGCCUGGAAAAGCACCAACAAACAUUCUUUUGAAUGCCUUUGAAUUCUACAUCUUCCAUUUCACACACUUUUUGAUUAGUGGAGGCUCACAGCGCUGGUCAUUGUCUUGGACUACUGCAGGUGAUGCACUUUAUCCCAGUUUACUGGAGGAUUAUUUGCAAACAUUCUUGCCUUGUGAUAGCUCCAUUCCCCCGGGUCCACCUAGUCCUCCUGUGUCCCCAAGAGGUGUUUUGUCACCAGUCUCUCCUCGGAGUAGUGGGCCUGGAAAUGCCAAUCUGUACCUGACAACUUUAGUAUCACCAAUUGCCUGCCGAACUGUUCGCACGCCAGGACCCCAUGGAUAUCCUGGCCUUGAGGGGAGUGGUGCACACGCAUCAUCUCCACUGCAUGCAUCACAUAAUCCACAUCCUCAGUUAAAUAUUUGGACAAGUCAAGUUUUAGUGCAAGUCCUUUUUGAAAUGUGGGUGAAUCAGUGCCUUCCACCAUCAAAGUCUCCAGGACGUUCGCCACCUUCCUCUUCUUCAGCUCCUCAUAACAAUCAAUCCACUGCUCUGCAUGUGUGCAGUGUCUUUUCAGAUCACACUCCUCUAGAGUAUCGGCCAAAUUGGCACACAAAUGGCUUUGAAGUAUUCGUGCCAUCAAGUGAUCAUGUUCGAGUAGUAAGAAUGCUGAUAAAACAUCUGCACUUCUUUACAAAUAGUGCCAAAUCAGCCCAGCCAUCUCCUUUGGAUGAUCUUCGCAAGAAUGUAUGGACAAUGUAUCGGAAGAGUUUGUUCCAGUUCUUGCAUCAUACAUUCAACCACUGGCCUUUAGAUUCUUCAUUUAGACUUGUACUAGAGACAUGGUUGUCAUACAUACAGCCUUGGAGAUAUACUGAUUAUUCUCCAAUCAGCAG